AUCCUGCUUGAGGGAAGGCGUGUUGUCGACCCAAGUGCAGUUUGAAUUGAUCCAUAUGGUCGCUAAUAGAGUGAGCCAGUCUCUCGAAGAUCGUAUGUGGGAGACACUGAACCUCUCGUAGAUGAAGCAAUGCUACUAUCCAUGUCUAGAUAUCGACAAUGCAAAGAUUACACCUCACAAUACGAACAAGGUUCUUCACGAACACCUUCGCGAUGGGCGCUCAGCCGCCGACCUGGAUUCAUCUAGUCUGACUUCUAUCCGCUGCAAGAUUCCACUACUCGAGAACGAAGUCCUAUCUCGACGCCAAGAGGUCAUCCCUCUAAAGUCCCUCUUAUCUAAUCUUCAGAGUGAACUCGACAACACUCAGCGCGAUUUGGACAAUCACAAGUCUAUUUUCGCUCCUAUUCGGCGUCUACCAGAUGAUUUACUCCUUCGUAUAUUCAAGUUCGCAUCCCAUGGCAUCGGUGAUCAUCUUUCCUCGCCGUUACAUGCGCCCCUGGGCUCUCCUUCGUGUCUGCAACUCGUGGAGAAACAUCGCCUUGAACUCUCCAACGCUGUGGUCCGUGUUGGCCUUCAAUUUCACCGGUGCAAAUCCAAAGAUCCACCCACUGCAAUAUCGUGUUCCAUUCCAGAGGGCCCUAGAAUUGUCAAAGAAUUCGAACCUCAGUAUCCAGUUAACGAUUCACCAUCCCACGAUCGGAGAUGUCAAUUUCCUCUGGAAGCACAUAAUCUCCACUUCGUCUCGCUGGGUAACAUGUGAUUUAUCUGCGGAUUAUUGGGAGUUUCGAGAGUUCUUAGAUGUUUUUAGAAACAUUCCAAACCUUCGUACUCUUCGCCUCAAAGCCGGUACUCACACGUGGUUUGGCGAUACACACGGGGAGCCUUCCGAAUUUUUCUCUACCGCAGCUGCCUUACGGACAGUUGAAUUUUACGGACUGGAAUUCCUAAGCCUAUCUCUUCCCCUUCAUCGGCUCACUGAGCUCUCCAUACACCAGCCAUCCCGGGCGGGCGCCUCCUCGCUUUUUCAUCAGUGCAUUGAUGGCGCAGUUAACCUUGAUACUUUCUCCUUCCACUGCAAAAGCGAGAUGAUCUUCGAUCCUCUUCCAAACACUGUUGUACACGCACGACUUCGGAAGUUGACAUUCGUCGACAGUGUUCCGGCCAGUUUAUUCUGGUGCAGUAUGCCAGGACUUGAGGAACUCGUUCUUUUCACCAAGCCUACAGAGUCGCACCAUCCGAUAUACGACAACGACGUCGGAGACCUUUGUUCAUUUGUCGAGAGGUCGAACUGUCCGUUGCGACGAUUAGUGAUUCAACAGCCGGUCCCUUUUUCAGUAUUUAGGAGCAUAGUGCUCUGUUGCAGCACGAGCUUGACGGAUCUGGUGCUUACCAUCGAUUGGGAUGACACCGUGGAGGAGUUGGCCAAUUGUAGGCUUUUGCCCUCAUUACGGACGCUUAGCUUGAGCUACUUACCUCGACUAUCAAAAGUACUCUUUGAAGACGAUUCAAUCUACUCCAUGGUACGCGCUCGCCGUGACGCUGGCCUGGAACGGCUCACGCUCAGUAUGCCUCAGUCGAAGUUCUGGGUGCACGCGGAUAUUCCGAAUCACCUGGCACGUCUUUGGAACCUGACGAAUGGCAGUUUUCACAUUCAGUUCAUGUACGUUGGGACAGAUCAUUUCUAUGAACAGGAAUCCUUGGAAUAUCUCACAAAUUGGAUCAAGGAAGAGACUUCCUUGGGAGAUAGGGAUAAUGGGGCGGUGCACCAUUAACACUAGAUUGUAGGAGGAUGUUCAUUGCGUAUCUUUUGUCAUUGACACGGGAUAUUAUCUGAUCAUGUGAACAAUGUGAAGAUAAUAGCAUGUUCACGAGCAUACUUCCGCUUGUAUCUGCGACGCCCGCGGAAGAGAAUCGAGCUAUUGUGCUUUGUUCUCGGUGAUAGAAGCAGUCGUGGAAAGGCAUUACCUUCUCCGACAAAGAAAAAGGGCAGCGAAGCUGAGGGGAUCUACCGGUGAUUGAAGUCAUGCUCCAAGUUAAAUAUCAAUCGUGGUUUAUCCACAGUGUGCAAUUUUCCGGCCGACCAUUUACAGUUUUUAUCAAGUGGUUACCCAUCUCGUCGACCUCUAAGUAAUU